AUGCCCUUGGCCCCGCCCCUGCCUGCCAACUGGCUUACAUUGCACCUGACCUUGACGGCUCUCCCCGCAGGCUCGCAGGAGGUGGUGAUCAGAUGUCCCCUUAAUCACAUACAAUGUAUUGGGACAAAAAAAUGUAUUCAUUUCAACAAACUCUGCAACGGGGCUAAAGACUGUGAGGAUGGGUACGAUGAAGGAGUUCACUGUCGAGAGCUUCUGUCAGCCUGCCAUGAGCUCCGGUGCCGCUACGGCUGCAUCAUGACAAGAAACGGCACCUUCUGUUUUUGCGCCGACGGCUUUGAGGUCGGCGAGGACGGAACAAGCUGCAGAGAUCAUGAUGAAUGUGCCAUGUAUGGUGCAUGCAGCCAAACCUGCACGAACACCUACGGGUCAUACAGAUGCAGCUGCACAGAGGGAUACAUCCUGCAGCCUGACAGCAUAUCUUGCAAAGCCAAACAAGAUCCUGGCGACGGCCAUCCGAUGCUUCUUAUUGGAGGCUCAGAUCGUAUUGUCAUCACCCAUCUAAAUGGAACGAGCCUUCAGCCCCUCAGGUCUCUAAGUGUAAAUGGAACACUAGCGCUGGAUUUUCAGCACAGCCAGGAAAGUGUAUGCUGGACCGUGUCUACCGAGUCCUCUGGGCAACUCCGCUGUGCUGUAAUGAGGAAUCUGCGUGGAAUCACCAGGGAACGGGAAAUAAGAACACAACAAAGUUUACAAUAUGUGGAGCAGAUGGCCAUUGACUGGCUGACAGGAAAUGUCUAUUUUGUUGACCGUGUCACGGGCAGGAUAUUUGUCUGUGACCGUGAUGGGGAAACAUGUGUUACUGUUGUACAACUAGACCUCCUGAAUCCUAAAGGGAUAGCCCUGGAUCCUCUCAUGGGAAUGAUGUUCUUCACUGACUAUGGGAAUGUGGCCAAGGUUGAACGCUGCAACAUGGAUGGCACCAACCGGAGCCGAUUGGUGGAUUAUAAAAUCGAGCAGCCCACUGCUGUGGCAUUGGAUGUAAUCAAGAAGCUAGUAUAUUGGGCGGAUGCCUACCUGGAUUACAUCGAUGUGGUGGAUUACCAUGGCAAGAACAGGCACACCAUAAUCCAUGGGACUCAAGUGGUGUACAUAUAUGCAUUUGCUGUGUUUGAAGACUACCUCUAUGCUAUCCACUCUGACCCUUCCAAAGGGAGUUCAGCUGCAGAGCUGCUGCAGGUGCACAGAUUCAACAUCACAGCAGACAGCAGGACACUCACCACCCUGGGGAGUUCUAGAGGAUUGCGUGUUUACCACAAACUCGCUCAGCCAAAAGUUAGGAGCCAUGCUUGUGAAAUGGAUUCAUAUGGAAAGCCAGGAGGAUGUUCGCAAAUGUGUCUCCUGAGUGGAAGUUACAAGUCUAAAACUUGCCGCUGUCGUAUUGGCUACAGCCUGGGCUUUGAUGGGAAAUCUUGUAAAAAGCCCAAAAACGAUUUCUUCCUCUUCUAUGGUAAGGGACGCCCUGGGGUCAUUCGAGGCCUGGAUAUGAAUAUCAAAUCCAAUGAUGAGCACAUGGUAUCAAUUGAGGACCUAGUCAACCCUCGAGCCAUUGAUUACCAUGCAGAAAUGGGACACAUUUACUUUGCUGAUACUACCAGUUUCCUUAUUGGGCGUCAAAAAAUAGAUGGGAGUGGCAGGGAGACAAUCCUCAAAGAUGAACUUGACAAUGUUGAAGGCAUCUCUGUGGACUGGAUUGGAAACAACUUAUACUGGACCAAUGAUGGGUACAGGAAGACAAUCAGUGUUGCCAGUCUAGAAAAAGCAUCCCAGACCAGAAAGACACUGCUGGAAGGAAAUAUGUCUCACCCCCGGGCCAUUGUGGUUGAUCCAAUUAACUGCUGGAUGUACUGGACAGACUGGGAAGAAGAUGAAGUCAAUGACAGCAUAGGGCGGAUAGAAAAGGCCUGGAUGGAUGGAUCCAAUCGACGUAUUUUUGUCACCUCCAACAUGCUGUGGCCCAACGGUCUGACACUGGACCAUAGUACCAGUACUAUGUACUGGUGUGAUGCCUACUAUGAUCACAUUGAGAAAAUUAAUCUGAAUGGAACAGGAAGAAUGGUGGUGUACAAGGGAAAAGAGCUGAACCAUCCUUUUGGAAUCUCUCAUUAUCGUAAUUUUAUCUUUUGGACGGAAUACAUGAACGCUUCCGUUUUCCAGCUGGACUUGUCCACAGGCGAUGUCACUCUGCUGCGGAGCGAGAGACCACCUCUGUUUGGCUUGCGUGUCUACGAUGCACAGAGUCAGCAAGGUGAAAAUGCGUGCAGCUUGAAUUAUGGAGGCUGUGGUACCCUUUGCCUUGCCAUCCCAGGAGGCAGAGUGUGUGCCUGCGCUGACAACCAAGUUCUAGAGAAGAACAAUGUCACCUGUGCAGAAGCUUCCAGCACAGGUUUGGAGCCACCACGUUGUAAAAGUGAUGAGUUCCAGUGUCACAAUCAUCGCUGCAUACGGGCCUUGUGGAAGUGUGACGGCGAUGAUGAUUGUCUGGAUGGAAGUGAUGAGGAGAGCCACAGCUGCUACAAUCACACAUGUCCCACUGAUCAGUUCAAAUGUAGCAGCAAUCGCUGCAUUCCCAAAAGAUGGCUCUGUGAUGGAACAAAUGACUGUGGGAACAAUGAGGAUGAGUCCAACAUUACUUGCUCAGCCCGGCCCUGUCAAGACGACCAGUUCUCCUGCCAGAAUGGACGUUGCAUACCUCGAGGCUGGAGCUGCGAUCGGGAGGACGACUGUGGGGACAAGUCUGAUGAAAUAUCAUGCACUUUUCCCACCUGCAGGCCCGUUACCGAAUUCAGCUGCUCAAAUGGACGGUGCAUCAGUGUCAAGUGGCAAUGUGAUUCCGAUAACGACUGUGGCGAUGGCAGUGACGAAUUGGGCUGCAUCCAGACCUGUUCUAAAAAUCAGUUUCAGUGCACCAGUGGACGUUGUAUCCCUGACCACUGGGCUUGUGACGGUGACAACGACUGUGGCGACUUCAGUGACGAGAACACAACCUGCCGAGGUGGAUCUGCAUUGCUGCCGUCUGUCAUUGAGUGCAGUGAGGAUGAAUUCCACUGUCUCGUUGAUGGAACGUGCAUCCCAGAACGCUGGAGAUGCGAUGGAGACAAGGAUUGCGAGGAUGGAAGUGAUGAGAAAGAUUGCGAGGGUACAAAAAGGAUGUGUGACCCCAAAGCCAAGUUUACCUGCAAAGAUACAGGGAAGUGUAUUACAAAGAGUUGGGUAUGUGAUGGAGACAUUGACUGUGAAGAUCGUUCAGAUGAAGAGUCGUGUGAGUCAGCUGUCUGCAAGCCACCCAAGUACCAUUGUGCCAAUGAAACCUCCGUGUGCCUCACACCUGACAAGAUCUGCAAUAGCAAAGUAGACUGUGCUGACCGUUCAGAUGAAGGACCCAUCUGUGAUAUGUGUCUCGUAGCCAGAGGGGGCUGCAGUCACCAGUGCACUGUGGCACCAGGAAAAGGGGUUGUGUGCUCUUGUCCCCCUGGACUUCACUUGGACUGGAGCAACAAGACAUGUGAGGUGGUGGACUACUGCAGCCGUCACCUGAAGUGCAGCCAAGUGUGUGAGCAGUACAAGACCACAGUGAAGUGCUCCUGUUAUCCUGGAUGGAUACUCGAUUCAGAUGGCGACAGCUGUCACAGCUCAGAUCCUUUCGAAGCUUUCAUCAUUUUCUCAAUCCGACAUGAGAUAAGACGAAUAGACCUUCACAGAAGAGACUACAGUCUGCUGGUGCCAGGACUGAGAAACACCAUUGCUUUAGAUUUUCAUUUUAACCACAGCCUUUUGUACUGGACUGAUGUGGUGGAAGAUAAGAUCUACAGAGGAAAACUCUCAGAGUCUGGUGGAGUGACAGCGAUUGAGGUGGUUGUGCAGCAUGGUCUGGCCACCCCAGAGGGUUUGGCUGUGGACUGGAUUACAGGAAAACUGUACUGGAUUGACAGCAAUUUGGACCAAAUUGAGGUGGCCAAGCUGAACGGAGACAUGCGCGCUACACUUAUUGCAGGAGGCAUGGAGCAUCCUCGAGCCAUCGCUCUUGAUCCUGGACAGGGGAUUGUCUUCUGGACUGACUGGGACGCUACUUUUCCAAGAAUUGAGGCUGCAUCCAUGAGUGGCGAUGGAAGACACAUCGUCUUUAAGGAUAUGGAGAUUGGGGCCUGGCCUAACGGGUUAACGCUGGAUCAUCUGGAAAGGAGGAUUGUUUGGACAGAUGCACGCUCCGACGCCAUUUUCUCCGCACUCUACGAUGGUAGUGGGGUAAUUGAGAUCCUUAGGGGCCACGAAUACUUGUCCCAUCCCUUUGCUGUGUCACUUUUUGGAGGGAAUGUCUACUGGACAGAUUGGAGGACAAACACUUUAGCGAGAGCCAAUAAGUGGACGGGGCAAAAUGUCACAGUCAUCCAGAAGACAAGUGCCCAACCUUUUGACUUGCAGAUUUUCCAUCCUAGUAGACAGCCACAAGUGUCUAACCCAUGUGAAGAGAAUGAUGGACGUGGGCACUGUUCACAUCUGUGUCUCAUCAAUUACAACCGCACUGUGUCCUGCACCUGUCCACACCUCAUGAAGCUUUCAGCAAACAAACAAUCCUGCUUUGCAUUAAAAAGGUUCCUGCUUUAUGUGCGGCGCUCUGAAAUCCGUGGUGUGGACAUUGACAACCCUUACAUGAAUGUCAUGACUGCGCUCACAGUGCCAGACAUUGACGAUGUCACCGUAGUGGACUUUGAUUCUCAGGAGGAGAGGAUCUACUGGGCUGACAUCAAAACGCAAACCAUCAAACGGGUGUUCAUCAAUGGCACACAGCUAGAGACUGUCAUUUCUUCAGACAUUGUGAACUGUCGGGGUCUGGCUUUAGACUGGCUUUCCAGGAACUUGUACUGGCUCAGCUCUGAAAACGAUGAGUCCCAAAUCAAUGUGGCUCGCUUUGAUGGGUCCCUAAAGACGUCCAUCAUCCACGGCAUUGAUAAGCCAAGGUGUCUCGUAGUGCAUCCUGCCAAAGGGAAAAUCUAUUGGACAGAUGGCAACACCAUUAACAUGGCCAACAUGGACGGGAGUAACAGCAAAGUCCUUCAUCAGAAUCAGAGGGAUCCAGUAGGUCUCUCAAUAGACUAUGCUGCCAGCAAGCUUUACUGGAUAAGCUCGGCCAAUGGUACGAUCAACAGGUGCAAUCUGGAUGGCAGUGGGCUUGACGUGCUGGAGACUCUGAAAAGGGAGUUAGCUAAAGGCACAGCUCUGGCCGUGAUGGGUGGCAAACUCUGGUGGGCAGACGAUGAAACGGCACAGCUGGGAACAGUCACCAAGCGAGAUGGACGCAAUUUUGCGGUUCUGAGAAACAAGACAAGUGGGGUGGUUCACAUGAAGGUGUAUGACAAGGAGGGUCAAAAAGGAAGAAACCCAUGCCAUGUGAACAAUGGAGGAUGCGCACAGCUUUGUCUCCCAACCUCAGAGAACACCCGCAGCUGCUCUUGUACUGUUGGCUACAAUCUACGAAGUGAUCGCACAUCUUGUGAGGGUGUUGACUCAUUCCUGCUCUAUUCCAUCCAUGAGGGAAUCCGAGGAAUCGCUCUUGACCCAAAUGACAACAGUGAAGCCCUGAUGCCCAUCACGGGAACCCUGUUUGCAGUGGGAGUUGACUUUCAUGCAGGAAAUGACACUGUGUACUGGACAGACAUGGGGCUUAACAAAAUAUCCCGUGUCAAGCGUGAUCAGACCUGGAGGGAGGACAUCAUUACUACUGGCAUCAGUCGAGUGGAAGGCAUCGCUGUGGAUUGGAUUGCUGGUAACAUUUAUUGGUCAGACCAUGGUUUUAAUCUAAUAGAAAUCUCCCGUCUUAAUGGUGCAUACCGCUCCAUAGUCAUAUCAGAAGGACUUGAUCAACCACGAACUAUUGCUGUACAUCCACAGAAAGGAUAUCUCUUCUGGACUGAAUGGGGGCAAAACCCUUGCAUUGGCCGCUCUCGCCUGGAUGGUUCAGACCAAGUAACUUUGGUCAGUUCGGGCAUCACAUGGCCAAAUGGAAUUGCCAUAGAUUUUGAGGAAAAUACAUUAUAUUGGUGCGACGCACGCACUGAUAAGAUCGAGAGGAUCAACCUUGAAACAGGUGAGAGCCGGGAGAUUGUGCUGUCGGCGACCAAUGUAGACCUGUUCUCAGUGGCUGUGUUUGGGCCUUACAUCUACUGGUCUGACAGGGCCCAUUCCAAUGGUUCAAUCCGUCGAGCUUUUAAGACUGACACCAAUGAGCCCACAACCAUGAGGAGUGGCCUUGGGGUCAAUUUGAAAGAUGUGACAGUUUUCAAUAGAGACAGAGAAAAGGGCACCAACCCCUGUGCCAGGAAUAAUGGAGGCUGCCAACAGUUGUGCUUUCACCUGGGCAGCGGUCGCCGAACUUGCUCCUGCGCCCACGGCCGCUUGGCAGACGAUGGUUUUGCCUGUGAGCGCUAUGAAGGUUAUUUACUCUACUCCGAAAGGACUAUACUGAAAAGCAUCCACCUUUCAGAUGAAAACGACCUCAACUCACCCAUCCAGCCCUUUGAAAAUCCAGCUUUUUUCAAGAAUGUCAUAGCAUUGGCAUUUGACUACAACCAGGCCAGCACUGGAACCAACCGCAUCUUUUUUAGCGAUGCCCAUUAUGGAAAUAUACAGGUUAUUAAUGAUGACUGGACUGGAAGAGCUAUCAUCUCAGAAAAUGUGGGUUCAGUGGAAGGUCUGGCUUACCACCGGGCUUGGGACACCUUAUACUGGUCCAGCACCACCACUUCUACCAUCACCAGAAAGUCUAUAGACCAGACACGAGUUGGUGCCUUCCCUAGGCAGGCAGUGGUCACGCUUUCGGAGGAAGACCACCCACAUGUCCUGGCUCUGGAUGAGUGUCAAAACCUGAUGUUUUGGACCAACUGGAAUGAGCAGAGGCCCAGCAUCAUGAGGUCCACCUUAGCUGGCAAGAACAUGAUGAUUGUCAUUAGUUCUGACAUCCUGACACCCAAUGGACUGACGAUUGACCACAAAUCAGAGAAGCUCUACUUUUCUGACGGUAGCCUUGGCAGGAUUGAGAGAUGUGACUAUGAUGGAUCCAGUCGAUUUGUCAUUGUCAAAUCAGGGCCUGGAAACUUCUAUGGCCUUGCCAUCUAUGCAGAUUUCAUCUACUGGUCAGACUGGGCCCGUCGAGCUGUGCUACGAUCAAACAAGUACACUGGUGGUGACACAAAGGUACUUCGAGCAGAUAUACCUCAUCAGCCAAUGGGAAUUAUAGCCAUGGCCAAGGAUACCAAUAACUGUGAGUUGUCCCCAUGUCGGCACAUGAAUGGAGGCUGUGGUGACCUUUGUCUCCUGACACCACAUGGAAGGGUCAAUUGCUCUUGUCGGGGAGAACGUGUGCUGUUAGAUGACAACAGAUGUGUGUCAGAGAACUCGUCAUGCAACAUUUACACAGAAUUUGAAUGUGGAAAUGGGGAGUGCAUAAAAUACCAACUAACGUGUGAUGGAGUAGCUCAUUGCAAAGAUAAAUCAGAUGAGAAGAUGCAGUACUGUGACAACAGGAGCUGUCGAAGCGGUUUCCGGCCCUGCUACAACCAACGCUGUGUGGCAAGUAGCCGCUUCUGUGACGGCACCGAUGACUGUGGGGAUCAUUCUGAUGAAGCUUUCUGUAACAAUAUCACAUGUGGCCCAUCAGAAUCGUCUUGCAAGGAUGGGAGUUGUGUACCUAUCUCAGCCUGGUGCAACCAAGUCAUUGACUGUGCUGAUACCUCAGAUGAAAGAAACUGCAACCACACAGAAUGCUCUCACUUUUAUAAGCUGGGUGUGAAAGAAAAAGAUUUCAUCAGCUGCAACUCCACCUCACUGUGCAUCCACCCGUCAUGGAUCUGUGAUGGUGCAAAUGAUUGCGGUGACUAUGCCGACGAGACCAACUGCCAGGUUUCCCAAGGGCAGAAGUGUGAGGAGGGUCACUUUGCUUGUCCAAGUGGGAACUGUAUUUCUAGUGUUUGGCUGUGUGAUGGCCAAAAAGACUGUGAAGAUGGAGCAGAUGAAUUUCAGUGUGGUAACCAGUCAACAUUUAACGUACAAGGCCUCUUCAACAUCAUCCACCUAGACUUUGACUACAAAAAGGAAUUUAUCUAUUGGGUGGACUCAACCAGGCCAAGUGGUAGAAAGAUCAACAGAAUGCGCCUCAACGGGAGUGACCUGAAGAUAGUUCAUCGGACAGCAGUGCCGAGCGCUUUAGCCGUUGACUGGAUUGGAAAAAAUCUGUACUGGUGUGAUGCAGAAAAGAAAACCCUGGAAGUUUCCAAGGCUAAUGGCCUCUACCCUACCAUCCUGAUCAGUUCAGGUCUCAAGAACCCCACAGAUUUGGUUCUCGAUCCCCAGAGUGGGUAUGUGUUCUGGGCAGACUGCUGUGAACCUCCUCACAUCGGGCGUAUAGACAUGGAUGGUCAAGGGCAAAUGGUUAUCAUUGACACGGAGAUCUAUAGCCCCACUGCUCUCACUAUUGAUUAUACCAACAAAAGACUUUACUGGGCUGACGAUAACCACAUCCUGUUUGCCAACAUGGACGGCACCCAAAGACGGAAAGUGUCCUAUGACCACAUCCAAGGAGUAAUGGCACUGACUUUAUUUGAGGACUUUGUGUACUGGACGGAUGGGAAGUCCAAAUCACUGAGACGUGCUCACAAGACUACGGGUGCCCAAGGGAUUGAGCUCCUGAACUCCUGGCAGGCCAUCAAAUCAAUCAAGGUCUACCACUCCCUCCGACAACCUGAAGUGCCCAAGCACCAGUGCCAGAUUGCUAAUGGUGGAUGCAGCCACUUAUGCCUUCUUUCCACUGGUGGGGAACACAAAUGUGCCUGCCCCACAAAUUUUUACUUAGCCGCUGACAAUAAAACCUGCCUCUCUAACUGCACCGCCAGUCAGUUCCGUUGUGGGACGGAUGAGUGCAUCCCUUUUUGGUGGAAGUGUGACACAGUCGAUGAUUGUGGGGAUGGAUCAGACGAACCUUCUGAUUGCCCGGAAUUCAAAUGUCAGCCUGGACGUUUUCAGUGCGGCACUGGCCUCUGUGCUCUUCCUCCCUUUAUCUGUGAUGGAGAGAACGACUGUGGUGACAACACAGAUGAGGCCAACUGUGAGACAUAUAUCUGUUUAUCGGGCCAGUUUAAGUGCACCAAGAAACAAAAAUGCAUUCCUCUUAACCUACGCUGCAAUGGUCAGGAUGACUGUGGUGAUGGAGAGGACGAGACAGACUGCCCGGAAAGCACCUGCUCCCCUGACCAGUUCCAGUGCAAGGCCUCCAUGCACUGUAUCUCCAAACUCUGGGUUUGUGACGAGGACCCCGAUUGUGCAGAUGGGUCAGAUGAGGCUGACUGUGCAGAGGAGGUUGCUGGAAGACCUCGACCUUGUGGGAAAACCGAGUUCACCUGCAGCAAUCGACGCUGCAUCCCAAUGCAGCUCCAGUGUGACCUUUUCAGCGACUGUGGUGACGGCGGCUCCGAUGAGCAGGACUGCAAGUCAUUUUCCAGCAGUGAUGUAUGUGGAAAGAAAACAAAUCCGUGUGGGGAAGAUGCAAUUUGCAACCAAACAAAUGCUAACGCGAUAUGUCAGUGCAAACCUGGCUUUAAGAGGAACCAAAGGACAGGGCAAUGUGAAGAGAUAAAUGAGUGUCUGCAGUUUGAUGCAUGCCCACAUUAUUGCACAAACACCAAAGGAUCUUUUAAAUGCACAUGUGAUAGGAACUUUAAGGAGGUCAACGGAAACUGCAUUGCAAAAGGAGCAGAUGAUCGAGUGCUCUACAUUGCCAAUGAUACUGAAAUCCGAAGCUUUGUGUAUCCAUAUAACCAGAGCCAUGGGCACAAACUGCUCACUCACAUUGAGGACAAUGCUCGUAUCAUUGGGAUGGAUGUUCUGUUUCAUCAGCAAAAGUUUAUAUGGGCCACCCAAUUUAAUCCUGGUGGAAUUUUUUACAAAGACUCUCUUGAAAGAGGCCAAACCAAAUCAAAUGUUAGGAACAUCUGUUCAGACUUCCGUCGCCCCAGAGAUAUUUCUGCUGACUGGAUCACAGGGAACAUUUAUUGGACAGAUCAUUCUCGGAUGCACUGGUUCAGCUAUUACACAGCCCACUGGACUAAAUUACGAUAUUCCAUAAAUGUGGGCCAACUUAAGGGACCGAAUUGCACCCGCUUGAUUACCGACAUAGCGGGAGAGCCGUAUGCCAUUGCUGUAAACCCAGCUAGAGGAAUGAUGUACUGGAGUGUAAUUGGAGAUCAUUCUCAUAUAGAGGAAUCAGCCAUGGAUGGAUCAUUACGCAGAGUACUCCUGGAGAAAAAUCUUAGGAGACCCACCGGGCUGGCAAUUGAUUACUUCAACCAACGUAUUUACUGGGCUGAUCCUGAGCUCUCGCAGAUAGGGAGCAUGAGAUUGGAUGGCUCAGACCCCCUUGUGACAAUCAGUAACAGACACGGAAUCUCUCAGCCAUACAGAAUUGAUAUAUUUGAGGACUACAUAUUUGGAACUGGACUAAAACACGAGAUCUUCAAGAUUCACAAGUUUGGAAAACAAUCUGUGGAUUUUCAGUAUUUGGGAGUGGAAAGGCCUACAAAUGUUUUCAUCUCCCAUCGUUACAAACAGCAAGAAGCGUCAAAUCCCUGCUUGAGGAUGUCUUGUGAUUUCCUAUGUCUGCUCAACCCAACGGGCGCCCGAUGCAUCUGUCCAGAGGGGAAAGUUCUGGUUAAUGGCACCUGCAGUGAUGUCAACACUUCAGGUGAACUGUGUCGUCCCCCGUGUGAGAAUGGAGGCCGCUGCUUAGCCAAUGAGAAAGGAGAAUGGAGGUGCUAUUGCUGGCCGGACUUUUCAGGGGAGCGCUGUGAGGUCAACCACUGCACAGACUACUGCCUAAAUGGAGGCUCCUGCCUGGGUUCACCACUGGGAAAGCCAACAUGUCGAUGCCCUGUUGGAUUCUCGGGGCCUUUCUGUGAGAAAAGAAUUUGUGACAGUUACUGUUUAAAUGGUGGAACGUGUGACAUCACUGAGGGAAACCAGCCUGUGUGCCGCUGUAUGGCAGAAUAUACCGGGGAUCGCUGUCUAUACCAUAUCUGUCAUCACUACUGUGUGAACUCAAAGGCCUGCACGUUAUCCAGUAGUGGCAACGUGGAGUGUGUGUGUCCUGCUAGAUUCGAGGGAAAUAAGUGCGAAGUGGACAAAUGCCUCAGAUGCCACGGAGCUCCCUGCCUUAUUAACGAGGAAACGGGAGACGUGGUUUGCAACUGCACAAAUGGCAGAAUAGCACCAAGCUGUCAGCUGUGUGAUGGAUAUUGCUACAAUGGAGGUACCUGUCACCUCGACCCUGACACCAGCCUGCCUUUCUGUCACUGCACGUCAGGGUUCAAGAACCAACGUUGUGAUGAGCUGGCCAACCCCUGCGAUUACUUCUGUCAGAAUGAGGGGAUGUGCACAUUAACAGUUCUUAACAAACCACGCUGCAAAUGUUCAGCCAAUUGGGCUGGAACGCAGUGCGAGAGACCCGCCCCAAAAAGCAGCAGAUCUGACAAUACCAGUGGAGGGAGCAUUGCGAUCAUUGUGCCUCUGGUCCUGUUGGUUAUCUUGAUUGUGGCGGUGGUAGCAAGUGUUUACAUCUGCAGACGGAAGCAAAGAGGAAAGCGUGUCCAGAGGCAGCCCAUGACAAACGGAGGAAUAAAUGUGGAGAUUGGGAACCCGUCAUACAACAUGUAUGAGGUGGACCAUGACAACCAUGCUGAUGCAGGCAGCCUACUACGACCCAACUUCACACUGGACCCUCACAAGGGGUGGUGUGUAAAAUCCAGUGACCCUAACAACUUGUGCAUCAAUUCAGUGCCCAAUGAGGUUAUUCCUGGACAGCCCGUGAACUACUCCAACCCUGUGUAUGCAAAGAUUUAUAUCGACAGCCAAAACUGUCGAAAGCCAGUCAUCAGUAUCGACGAGAGGAGAGAGCUACUCCCAAAGAAACUAGAGGGGACAAUUCGUGAAACCGCCGCAUAGCCUAACUUUUUACUUCUUUUUUUUAA